CCUAAGUUUACACAAUCUGUGGUAGUUGCGUGGAUGUGAAAGUUGUUGGUCGUAUGCCAAUGGGUCACCUCGUCACCUGCUGGUGAAGUAUUUUUCAUUCAAGAACAAAGUCUGUUUGUCGGGAUAUUUGUGUGUAAUUUUUGUUUAAUCCGUGAGGACCAGCGCCCUGCAUAUCAGCGUAACAUAACCUCGAAAUUUCAAAGAUGUCCGAUGAUCACUUAAAUUCGUCGGAUGGGCACUCGGGUCACGGAGGACAUAUGAUGGGACAUGGCGGAGGUCACGACGAACACGUGGGUCACGGGGGCAGUAUGGCACACGUAGGAGCGUCCAGUGGACCAUCCGCGGAAGCCUGCAGUGGUCACGGGAUGCACGGAAUGAUGAUGGCGUUUCACGGUGGCUACUGCGAAACGGUUCUCUUCGACUCCUGGAAGGUCUCUUCCGUUGGAAGCCUAGUGGGAUCGAUGAUAGGUAUAAUAAUAAUGGCCGCGCUUUACGAGGGUCUCAAAUAUUACCGGGAAUAUCUGUUCUGGAGAACGUACAACGCUUUGCAGUAUCGAAGCGUUUCCAUGCCGCAGGAGAAGAACGUUGUUUCCGAGGACAACAGGGUUGUGCAUUUUUUUUAUGUUUUACUUUUUAGUAUGGUCGGAGAGGUCAUACACAAGCAACCGCCAACGAUGCUCUCCUGGAUGCACACCUUUCAAACGUUCCUUCACAUCGUGCAAAUAAUUAUAUCGUAUUUCUUAAUGCUGAUAUUCAUGACGUACAAUGUUUGGCUGUGCUUCGCCGUUGUUCUUGGUGCUGCCAUUGGCUACUUCCUUUUUGGAUGGAAAAAAUCCGUUAUCGUUGACGUUACGGAACACUGUCACUGAGUCACAAUAGAGUGUUCCUAUACUGAUCGUAAAAUUGACAGGCACAAUCAUCCUAAGGAAUAUACAUAUAGCGUUAUUGUUGUUAUGAUUAUUAUUACUAUUAUUAUUAUUUUAUGUGUAGUUUCAAAAUUAAAAUUUUUAAAAAAAAGCAAAAAUUAUUUUAUACCGAGGAAAUAUUGCAUUGACUAUAAUUAUAUUACUGUUAACGCAGAUUUUAGUGACUUCCAUGAAAUACCAUAUAGUUAUGCAAAAUACUAAUUAUAAAAUUAUAACGAUAGGUUGUUGCCAGUGAUAUGCGGUGAGCUCUUGGGUGAACGACUGAUUAUUUUUCAGAUUUGUAAUUGAUUUUUCCAAUACAGUAAUGAUUUAUCUCAUGACGUGAAAACUCUCAUUCGGUUACAUCGACAAUUAAUUUUUGACAGAAAAUAUUUCUGAAAGAGUUGGUCAAACCCAAAAACAACGUUAUACCUACGUUUAAUACGUACUUAGAUUUAAGAAUUGAAAAACCGCUACUUUUCGAAUUGACCUAUAUUUAUAAUUUAUUAAUCAUGUACAUAUUGUUGCGACUACUACCUAUAUAUUACCUAUAUAAAUAUUGUAUUAUAAGAAGGUGCGAAUAUGUGAUUCGAAAAUGAGCCUAUGCGAGUCUUUUUUUCGUAUCCUCCUUUUUCUUUGACUUCCUUCGCCUCACGUGCAAUCUGUGAGAAGAUUUUUCAACAGAUAGCACAAACUAUGUAAGAUAUCAGAUUGUAUGUUCUACAGAUAAAGAACAUUAAGUUUUCAAUAAAUUAGCAAUACAAUAA